AUGGCUUGGACACUUCGGCUGUCCUGGCCCUUCAUCGCUCUGCUUUUCCUUAGUGGACUGCAGGGUGAACAGGCCCACGUCCGCAACAAGAGGGACAUCAGUAAUGCUCAGCCUCGUAUGAUCUCGAGGGACGGUCACCUUGUUUUUACCCCAGCAAACAAUAAAGACAUUCAUUUUGACACGUCUGGGACUGGACGUGUUAAAGUGGGGACUGAAGACCUCACUCAGCAAAUAAACCAGAUUAAAACCAAUAAAGACGACAUUGAGAAAAUAAAGAAUAGUGGCCCAUCUGAAGAAAUCACAAACCAGCUGAAUCAGUUGAACACAAAGGUGACCACGCUCGAGGGCAAAGUCCAAACAAUAGAACAGACUAUACAACGGAAAACCUGUAACAGUAACCCAUGUCAGAACUCUGGGACCUGUCUGAACCUUCUGGACUCUUUUCACUGUCUCUGCCCCAACAACUGGCAGGGUCCCACCUGUGCUGUGGAUGUGAACGAAUGUCAGAUCUACGCUGGAACGACUCAGGGCUGCCAGAAUGGAGCCACAUGCGUCAACACUCCUGGAUCUUACACUUGUAACUGUCCUCCUGAGUGGUAUGGACCCCACUGCACCUCUCGCUAUGAUGACUGUGCGGGUGGGAGUCAGGACUUGUGUGUUCAUGGGCUGUGCAUUGAUUCUGACAGAGUCACACCAAAUGAGCCUAAAUAUAAUUGCAUCUGUAAUGCUGGGUGGAUGGCCCCUCCUGGCAGCCCUGCCUGCACAGCAGAUGUGGAUGAAUGUAACCUUCCCAACAAGCCCUGCUCCACUAACCCUCCUGUACAGUGUUUCAACACACUGGGAUCUUUUUACUGUGGUUCAUGUCCAGCAGGUUGGCAGGGCAAUGGCUACAGCUGUCAGGAUGUGAAUGAGUGUGACACUAACAACGGCGGAUGUUCUACCUCCCCCAUGGUGCCCUGCCUGAACACCAUGGGCUCAUUCCACUGUGGACAGUGUCCACCAGGUUAUGAAGGGGAUGGGAAGACUUGCACUCAGUCUAAUAUCUGUUCUACUAACAAUGGAGGAUGUUAUCCACUGGCUACCUGUGCUUCUGUCCCAGGAAGCAACAUCCCUACAUGCACUUGUCCCCCUGGCUAUAUUGGAAAUGGAUUCGGACCUGCCGGUUGUACCCAGAUCAUCGACACCUGUGGCACCAAUAACCCAUGUGUCAAUGGCCAGUGUGAGAACACGGCCACAGGAUACGUGUGCCACUGUGAUCCAGGCUGGACGGGCCGAAACUGUGACCAGAACGUUAACGAGUGCGCAAGUAACCCCUGCCAGAACGGAGGCACUUGUACUGAUGGCAUCAAUGGCUACACCUGUACCUGCACAUCGCAGUGGACAGGCCCACAGUGCCAGACUCCACAACAAGAGUGUGGAGGGGUCCUGGAAGGUCUGUCCGGCACUUUCAGCUAUCCCAACACUCCUGGGCAUGAUGAGUACGACCACAUGGUCAGCUGUGCCUGGGUCAUCCGAACUGAUGCUAACAAGAUUCUGCGGAUCACGUUUCCUUUCUUUGAUUUGGAGCAAAGCUCCUCCUGUAGCUUUGACUUCCUGCAGAUCCAUGAUGGUGAAAGCGCCUCUGCCUACAUGCUUGGCAAAUACUGCGGUACCAAUGCUCCGGCUGAGCUCUUCAGCUCCCACAAUUCUCUGUACUUCUGGUUCCGUUCUGACCACAUUGUAAGCAAAGGUGGCUUCACUGUAGCCUGGCAGUCCCAAGACCCAGUAUGUGGCGGCCAUCUGACCAAUCCAUAUGGUGACAUCAAGUCACCUGGUUACCCGGGCAAUUAUCCACCGAACCGUGACUGCUACUGGACAAUAGAUGUGGGACCAGGACUGUUAAUCACCUUUGCUUUUGGAACUCUUAGUCUUGAGCAUCAUCCUGACUGCAACUUUGACUAUCUAGAGAUCAGAGACGGCCUGCUUCCAGAGGACACACUUCUGAACAGAUACUGCAGCAGCGGUUCUCCUCCACCACUCCAAACCACAGGUCCUGCUGCCUGGAUCCACUUCCACUCCGACUUUGUUGUCAGUGACCAGGGCUUCCACAUCACCUAUACCACCUCUCCAUCUGACCCAGGAUGUGGAGGAACCUACACAGACACUCAGGGCGUAAUCAUUUCCCCCAACUGGCCCAAUAACUACGCACAUAACAGGCAGUGUAUCUAUCUGAUCAGGCUGGCUCGGAGUGAGCAAGUGUCCCUCACCUUCACCCAUAUGGAUCUGGAACUUCAUACUGGCUGUGAAUUUGACUAUGUGGAGGUGCGUGAUGGUUUAGCAGAAACAGACCCGCUCAUUGGAAAAUACUGUGGCAGCACCUUACCAGCCCCCAUCCUGUCCACUGCAAACACCCUGUGGAUUCGCUUCAAAUCUGACAGCUCCGUCAGCCACGCUGGCUUUAGGGCAGUAUAUGACAUCAACUGUGGUGGAACUCUGUCUGGCUCUGGUCAGAUCCGCACACCCCUUCACCCCGACCCCUAUCCCCACAACAAAAUGUGUGAGUGGGUCAUCAGUCAGCCCACAGGCUACGUUGUGACGCUAAACUUCCUCACGUUUGACGUUGAGGGCAGCAAUGACUGCACAUAUGACUAUGUGGAGGUAAGAGACGGCGCUACGUCCAGCUCUCCGCUGAUUGGCCGAUACUGUGGAAACCAGGUCCCUGCUAUGAUUGAGUCCUCAGAGAGUUACAUGUACAUUUCUUUUGGAACUGAUGCUUCAAUCAGCAACCAUGGCUUCACAGCAGAGUACGGAUCUGCAAUAAAAGGCUGUGGAGAAACACUGACAGAUUCUACAGGCUCCUUUACUAGCCCAGGCCACCCUACCAGCUACCCCCAUGGUGCCAACUGCUCCUGGUACAUUUCAGUCACGCCGGGAAACAUCAUCCGACUGUCCUUCACUUCUUUUAACCUGGAAUUUCACACCAACUGUUAUUUCGACUACGUGGAGGUCUAUGACAACGGCACUGCUGAGACUGGCCAUCUUUUGGGCAGAUACUGUGGACGAUCAGUUCCUCCCUCACUGACCAGCACUGACAAUUUCAUGACUGUUCUGUUUGUCUCCGACUCCAGUCUGGCAACUGAGGGCUUCUCUGCCAGUUAUGUUUCUAUUAAUGCCAGCACAGACUGCAGUACAGUGUUCACAACCCCUACCGGAGUGUUAACCUCACCAAACUACCCCAACAACUACCCCAACAGCCGCGAGUGCAUCUACAAAAUCAUUGUGGAAGUCAACAACCAGAUCAUGCUCAACUUCACAGACUUCGAUAUAGAAUCCAGCAGCAACUGUCAGUUUGACUAUGUGGAAGUCAGAGAUGGGGGCUAUGAAACAUCACCUUUAAUCGGUCGCUACUGCUCAAACAGUCCUCCACCUUUAGUAAUAUCUCACAGCAAUAGGCUGUGGGUCAAGUUCCGUUCUGACCAGAUCAUCAACUUCAGGGGCUUUUCUGCACACUGGGAUGGAACACAGACAGGUUGUGGAGGAACUUUAACCACCAGUAAUGGUGGUUUCACCUCGCCUAACUACCCCCUGCCCUACCACCCCAACGCUGAGUGCUACUGGCACAUCAAAGUCAGUGGAGGAAGUCGAAUCCAGCUCAACUUUGGAGACUUUCAUCUGGAAUCCAGCUCUGGCUGCUUUUAUGAUUACUUAGCGGUGUAUGAUGGGAACAGUACCAGCGCUCGUGAGCUGGCUAAACUGUGUGGAAACGAGAUCCCCAGUCCCAUUAACUCCACCAAAGAGCAACUGUUUGUGAAACUACGUACAGACAGUGUCAUCAGUGCGGGAGGAUUUGUUGCCUCUUAUACUUCCAAUUGUGAGGGUGUGGUCAUUGCCAACCAGACGAAUGGCAUAAUUGAGAGCCAGAAUUUCCCCAACAACUACCCAGUCAAUGCUGGAUGCAGCUGGACCAUCCAGACGACCAUGGGCAACACCAUCAACUACACCUUCACUGCUUUUGACCUGGAAGGUCCUGCUUCCAGCUGUUAUUUUGACUAUUUAGAGCUUUAUAAUGGCCCAAAUGCACAAGCUCCUCUGAUUGGUAAGUUCUGUGGGAACACGCCUCCUCCAUCAAGCACCACCACCAGCAGCAGCCUGCACAUCGUGUUCUACUCCGACUACAUUGUUACCCGUCCUGGCUUCCAGAUGCUCUGGUACCAGAAUGGUUGUGGUGGAGAUCUUUCUGGGCCUACUGGUUCUUUUAACAGCCCCGGCUACCCUAACAGAUAUCCGGAGAACCGGGAAUGUGUGUGGUACAUCCAGACCAGCCCCGGCAGCAGCAUCACCAUCACUAUCCAUGAGUUUGAUAUAGAGUUCCAUCCUAACUGCAACUAUGACCUGCUAGAGGUGUAUGGUGGGCCUGAUCUGAGCUCCCCAAGACUUGCUCAACUCUGUACCACUAGACCCCCCAACAACCCCCUUCAUGUGUCAAGUACUGGCAAUGCUGUCACCGUGCGAUUCAAGAGUGAUGAAUACGUCAGUGGCAGGGGAUUCAAUGCAAGCUGGCAGGAGAUUCCAGGAGGUUGUGGAGGGGCUGUCACAGCUCCCAGUGGAGAGAUCCAUUCCCCUCAAUAUCCCAACAACUAUCCCGAUAACGUGGACUGCUCCUGGCUCAUCAGUGUGGACAUUGGCCACCGGUUGUUUUUAAAUUUUACUGAUGUUGACAUUGAGGGUCACGCCACAUGCGUGUGGGACUACGUUGCUAUUCAUGAUGGUCCUGGAGAGUCGUUUCCUCUGCUUGCCACAGUGUGUGGUUUUACCAGACCUGAUCCCAUCGUCUCCACUCAGAACAUCGUCUUCGUUCGCUUCAGAUCAGACAGCAGUUCAAACCACAGAGGCUUCAAAGCUGAGUUCUCAGAGGCGUGUGGAUCCACAAUCAUGGCUGAUGAUGUUGGAGGUUUUAUUGCUUCUCCACAAUAUCCGUCUCAGUACCUCAACAAUCAGAACUGUAGCUGGAUCAUCGUAGCACUGGAGCCGUUUAAUCACGUCACUCUGUCCUUCACUGACUUUGAGUUGGAGAUGGUGAAUUCUAACUGCUCCCAUGAUGCUGUAGAGAUCUUGGACGGCAACAACGUUAAUGCCCCGAUAGUCGGUCGCUAUUGUGGAUCUGACAUUCCUCAUCCGGUCACCUCAUUCAGCAACGCGCUGGCGGUGAAUUUUGUUUCUGAUUCCUCUGUGACCAAGAGAGGCUUCAGGGCAACAUACAUGGCAUCGACUUCAGGCUGUGGUGGCAAUUUGCACAUGGAAUCCGGUGCCUUCAACAGUCCCAACUAUCCGGAUGCCUACCCGCCCAACAUUGAGUGUGUUUGGACGAUCAUUAGCUCUCCUGGCAACCGCAUUCAGCUCUCCUUUAUUCAGUUUGAACUACAAGAGAGUAACAACUGUAAUAACGACUAUCUGGAAAUCCGUGAGGGAAACGCUAACGGCCAUGUUGUUGGACGUUUCUGUGGAAACUCCAUUCCAUCUAAUUACACCUCUCUUGUUGGUCACAUUCUCUGGAUCAAAUUUGUCUCAGACUCAUCUGUUAGUGGAGCUGGAUUCAGGGCCACAUUCUCCCACUUGUUUGGAAAUGAUAUCGUUGGUAGCUCUGGACAAAUUGCUUCACCCCUGUAUCCACGCACCUAUCCCAUCAACGCAGACUACCGCUGGACCGUCACAGUCAGCGGAGACUCCUACAUUCAGAUUUAUUUCUUGGAUAUGGAUAUAGAAGACCACAACAGCUGCCUCUUCGACCAGCUUAAGAUAUUUGAUGGUCCGAACGUCCAUGCCUACCAUCUGGGAACUUUCUGCGGUCUGGUCCUACCUGCCCCCGUGAGGAGCUCUGGUAGCACUGUGACCCUAGAGUUCAAAUCGGAUUUUGUGACUGGAGGAAGAGGUUUCCUCGUGGAGUGGACGGCUGUCCAGAACUCUGGUCCUUUGCCCACUAUACCUCCAGGUGCCUGUGGAGGAGCUCUCAUGCCUGGGGAGACACCAAGGUUCUUGUUCUCUCCUGGCUGGCCUGGACUGUACGAACCAAACCUGGAAUGCUCGUGGGUAAUCCGUUCACCCGACUCCAUAGUGGAACUCAAUUUGCUCUUUAUGGAUGUUGAGGAUGAAGCCACAUGUUAUUAUGACAGUCUAGUCAUCAGAGACGGUGAGACCAACCUGUCCCCAGAGUUGGCGAGGCUUUGUGGUCAUGAGCUGCCUGGUUCAAUUCAUUCCACUGGUGACUCCAUGUACCUGCGUUUUACGUCUGAUGCCUCCGUCAGUGGCCGUGGCUUUAAUGCCUCCUACUCAAAAGGAUGUGGAGGCCUGCUUCAUACAGACAGAGGAAUCAUCAGCUCCCCUCACUACCCCCAGAACUACAAGCCUAACCUGGACUGUAGCUGGCAUGUAAUGGUCACUCCUGGCUUUAGAGUGUCGGCCACCUUCCUAAAUCCAUUCCAGAUACAAGGAUAUGGCACUGCUUGCAGCUCCGGUGACUAUCUAGAGUUGAGAAACGGGCCAGAUGGUAAUGCACCAAGUUUAGGAGGUCGUCUGUGUGGAACCAACCCCCCCGCUGUAACACAGACCACUGAUAACCAUCUUCACGUGCGUUUCGUCUCGGACGCCGCAAAUGAAGGCAACGGCUUUAAGUUGCUAUUUGAAGCCCACAGCUCUGCUUGUGGAGGAACCAUUCAGUUAAACGAUGGAGAUCCACCAGGUUACAUCACAUCACCCGAUUAUCCAUCAAACUACCCUCAGAACAUUGACUGUGUCUGGAUUAUUAUGGUUCCCAACGGAGAGUCUGUGCAGCUCGACUUUGAGGAUUUCUACAUUGAGCCAAACUCUGAAUGUUUAUAUGACUAUCUGGAAGUCCGUGAUGGGGUCUCAUCAAAUGCUGACCUGAUUGCCAAGCUCUGCGGCAGUACAAAACCAUUUCCCCAGCAUUCCACUGCCUCUUCUAUGUACCUUCGCUUCCGCACGGAUCACAGCAAUACACACAAGGGCUUCAAAGCCAAGUACUCUAUAGCUACGUGUGGUGGCACAUACUUUGCCCAAAGUGGAACAAUUAAAAGCCCAGGAUACCCGGAUUCAAACUACCCAGACAAUUCCCAUUGCGAGUGGUACCUGGAAGGCCCAACUGGACAUUACUUGACCUUUAGCUACUCGGCUUUUAGCUUGCAGAGCUCCUCUGACUGCAGCAGUGAUUAUGUUGAAAUUCGCGAGUACAACGCAUCUGGCCGCCUGCUCGGAAAGCACUGUGGAAACAAUCUGCCGGCAGCUAUGGACACGGGAGACAGCUACGCAUAUGUGAAGUUUGUCAGUGACGGCAGUCAAAGUGCUGCAGGAUUCAGCCUUUCAUUCGAAGCUAGCGUUGAGGAAUGUGGAGGGGAUCUUAAUGCCCCCUCUGGGACUAUUUCAUCUCCAAACUACCCCAACCUGUACCCUCACAAUCGGGUAUGUCGCUGGAAAAUCACUGUGCCCGAGGGCCGUAGAGUCACUCUCACUAUCAAUGACCUUCGGCUGGAGGACCACGGCAGCUGUCUGUAUGACUAUGUAGAGGUUUUCAAUGGCCUGGUUUCCAAUGCUCCCAGGCUGCAGAGGUUCUGCGGCUCUGUACCUGCUGGAACGCAGGUGAAAUCCUCUGGUAACACCAUGACUGUUGUUUUUGCCACUGAUUCCUCCGUGUCUAAUGGUGGAUUCACUGCUGACUACUCUUCAGAUGAACCAGCAGUUUGCGGAGGGAUCCUUAAUACUCCAGGGAACUUCACCUCCCCGGAUUAUGGUGUUGGUAACUACAGCAACAAUCUGAACUGUGAGUGGCUCAUCCAGAAUCCCCAGCAUGUGAAUUCAUCCAUUGUGGUGAUCAUCGAGCGAAUGCACCUAGAGCACCAUCAAACGUGUGAAUGGGACUAUCUUGAGUUCAGAAUGGGUGAUGUAAAUGGUGAACUUUUGGCCAGACUGUGUGGUCAAACUGUUCCUCCAGUCCCAAUUGUGGUGUUCACUCCUGAACUCUGGGUUCACUUUUUGUCUGAUGAAGCUGUGGUGGACUUGGGAUUCAAAGCUACAUAUUACUUCUCAGAUUGUGGAGGUUCCCAGUCUGGUGAGGGAGGGGUUAUUUCCAGCCCUGGUUAUCCAGAUAACUACCCCAGCCCAAGUCGCUGUGCCUGGUUACUGGAGGCUCCAAAAGGCCACACCAUCACACUUACAUUCACAUAUUUCCAAGUGGAAGAACACGCCCAAUGUUCUUGGGACUCAGUGACUAUAUUUAAUGGAGGUUCUCCAGGUUCCCCUGUGAUUGGACAGUACUGUGGUCAUACAUCACCUGGGACGAUCCAGUCGGGUUCUAACAAGUUAGCUGUGGUGUUCCUUGCUGACCACUCUGUGUCCAAAGGAGGCUUUGUGGCUACCUGGUCAACAGACUCUUCAGGAUGUGGAGGGGUAAUUCACGCUGACACUGGUGUUAUCAAGUCCCCCAAUUACCCUCAGAACUUUCCAGCCAAUAUUGAGUGCUCCUGGACCGUCAUUGCGCAUGAAGGCAAUCAUUUGGAGAUGAGCUUUGCCAACGACUUCCAGAUUCCUGACUCAAGUGGAAACUGCCAGAACAGUUACAUCAAAGUGUGGUCUGGUGCCAAACAGCAGAACGAUGCUCUUUUGGCAACAGGCUGCGGCUCCACGGCUCCUUCUUCCAUCAUUGCUCCAUUCAACGUCAUCACGACCCGUUUCCAGUCCUCUGACACACCCGGCAAAGGCUUCUCAGCCUCCUUCUCCACACGAUGUGGAGCAAACUUCUCGGCCACUGCUGGACGUGUGGUAUCCCCUAACUACCCAGAUCAUUACCCACCCAACUCCAACUGUGACUACCGAAUAGAUGCUGGAGAACAGACUGUGAUUCUCAUCACCUUUAAAACCUUCCAGAUAGAGGCUCACUCAACAUGCGUCUUUGAUGGUGUAAAGAUCUACAAGGGCUCUUCCUCAAAUGAAAACCUCAUUACCACUUUGUGUGGAGACACCCUACCAGGCCCAUUCUCCACUUUUGGUCCCAUGUUCCUCAACUUCUACUCUGACUCCAUCAUUAAUGACAAUGGAUUCCUGGCUGAAUACACAGCUAUCCCAUGUGGAGGUGUAUACAACAGCUCUUCUGGAACAGUAGGCAGUCCAGCUCACUCUGUGAUCGACUAUCACCACAACAUUAACUGCACCUACCACAUCAUCGUCCAAAACAAUCGUAUCGUUGAACUUAAAUUUAAUAACUUCAACCUUGAAGCAUCGUCCACCUGUGCUUUCGACUAUGUGGCAGUCUAUGAUGGACCGGACACCCUGUCUCCACUGCUGGGACGUUUCUGUGGGAGUGUGAUCCCCCAAACACUCAGAUCCUCAACCAAUCAGAUGUUCAUUGUCUUCAAAACAGAUUUUUCUGUGGCAGCUGAAGGCUGGAGGGCCUCCUUCCGAGAAACUUUAGGUCCUCAGCAGGGUUGUGGAGGCUACCUCACCUCCUCCUCGGGGAUGUUUGGUUCUCCUGAUAUCGACAUGGAUGGAAGGUAUGACCCAUACAUGAACUGUCUGUGGAACAUCGCCAUUGCUCCCAAUAAAGUCAUCAACCUUGCUUUCACCACUUUUGAGCUGGAAAAUGGAGUGGGCUCCUCAUGUCUGUAUGAUUAUGUCAAGGUCUAUGAUGGUGACAGUGUUGAUUACCCACUGGUUGGAUCAUACUGUGGAACUACAGUUCCUGCUCCCUACACGUCAGCCAGUAAUUUCCUGACUGUGCACUUUGUGUCUGAUGGUUCAGUGGCUUUCAAAGGCUUUAAUGCCACCUACAGUGCAGUAGACAGGUUAUGUGGAGGAACAUUUAAUGCCACAGCAACACCUCAGACCAUCAUUUCUCCAUCUUACCCUAACGCAUAUCCUCCAUUCACCUUCUGUCGCUGGGUUCUGGAUGCUCCUCCUCAGGAGUCAGUGAAAGUUGCAGUCCAGCAGUUUCAUCUGCAGCCCAGCCAGAGCUGCACCAGCAACUUCUUGGAGAUGAAGGACUGGCCAGUGGGAGACUAUGGGCAGGCACAUAAGUUCUGUGGUGUAGACUCCCACAUCCCUGACUUCUACAGCUACGACCGCACCAUGCACCUCACCUUCCAGUCGGACACCUUCAUGCCUGGCAAUGGCUUCAGUCUCACCUACCAAGUGGCAGGAUGUAGCAGGACCUAUGAGCAGGCUUAUGGGUACCUGAAAAGCCCAGGCUGGCCUGCAGUGUAUCCUCAUGAAGUGAACUGUGACAUUGUUCUCCAUGCACCUCAGAACAGCUCCAUCUCUCUCUUCUUUGACAGUUUUGAUGUGGAAUCUCAUCCCUCCUGUAACUUUGAUUUCUUAGAGGUAAGGAACGGCAGCACAGCUUCAGCACCUCUACUUGGCAGAUACUGUGGGAGCACACUACCAAAUCCGUUCUUCCCCAGAUCCAACACGCUCUUCCUGCACUUCCAAAGUGAUUUCUCUGCUGCCCGCAAUGGCUUUGAAAUCACCUGGACUUCCUCACCAGCUGGUUGUGGUGGCAUGUUAUACGGAGACCAUGGAUCUUUCACCAGUCCGGAUUUCCCCGGUACCUACGCCAACGGCACACACUGUGAGUGGGGUAUUAGAGCUCCAGGUGGAAGAGUUGUAACAGUCACGUUUAACCAGAUCAGCAUUGAUGAUCCUGGAGACUGUCAGAACAACUAUCUAAAACUUUAUGAUGGACCGGAUGCCAGCUCACCUCCUGUUGGGCCAUACUGUGGAGCGGAGACAAAUAUCGCUCCAUUCAGAGCCAGCUCACACCACGUCUUCGUGGUGUUCCACGCCCAGUCUGCCAAACUGCCGUCUGGAUUUAGGCUCACAUGGAGCAGCUGAUGACAAGCUGGAGAAAAUGUACAUGUACACACUUAAAUGCAAGUUUACAAACAGAUUUUAAUCAUGUAAGCCAUUUUAUCAAGUGCAAUAUUUACAGACUAAUUAAAUAUACAUAUUAUACAAAUUAAUUAAUAAAAUUGCUUGACAA